AUGCCUCGGGCAUCACCACAGAGGAGAUUUGUAAAACUGGGGCCAUAUAACGAUAAUGCUGUUGUAGAGAAUAAGACUUUCCCUUCAGUCACAGUUACUAGGUCCUCGAGUCCUCCUUCCGCGGGUAUCAAAAACCUCGCCAAGCUCAACUCAGACUCGCGCUUUUCGGUACCAGCUAGAUGUGAACCGGCAACCGAGGGGGAGACCGCCUGGGGCACGGCCAUCCGGCGGCUGCAGCGGCGCGGCGGCGCCUCCGGGUGUCGCUGUUGGCCGCCGCCGAGCGGCGCUGGAGCCGCCGCCGCCGCCGCCGCAGCGUCCUGCCCCCGCAGGCUGCUCGCUCGCCCGGCGCCGGCCACAGCGGCAGCGGCACCGGCGGCAAGAGGCGGCGCACCGACCUCGCUGCCUUUCAGCGGUCUCUGUUCUCGCCGGCGGAAAGCGGCUGGAAGGGAGCGGCGGGGCAGCGGCGGGAGGCAGCGGCGCGGCGAGCUGUGGCGGCGGAGAAUGGCGGUGAGGCUCGGGCGGAGGCUCGGCACGGGCGGCGGGCGAGCGCUGCCGGCCGCGGUGCUGCUGUGCCUGUGGUGGCGGGCGGCGGCCGAGCGGGUCCGCUACGCCAUCCCCGAGGAGCUGGGCAGAGGCUCGCUCGUGGGGCCGCUGGCGCGGGACCUGGGGCUCAGCGCGGACGAGCUGCCGGCGCGCAGGCUGCGGCUGAGCGAGGAGAAGCAAUACUUCACGGUGAAUGAGGAGAACGGGAACCUGUACGUGAAUGAGCGGCUGGAUCGGGAGGAGAUGUGCGGCGAGUCGGAGACCUGCUCCGUCAGCUUCGAGGUCGUGGUGCACAACCCGCUGAACGUUUUCCACGUCGAGGUGGACAUCGAGGACGUGAAUGACAACACGCCACGGUUCCUUAAGGAAAAUAUCCAUUUCGAAAUCAUUGAGUCUACACCUCCUGGCGCGCGAUUUUCCGUGGGUGUAGCCGAGGAUGCGGACGAGGGCAGUAACUCGCUGCGGGGCUACGAGCUGCAAGAUAACAAGUACUUCGCGGUGGAGGUGAAGGACAGCCAGGAUGGCAGCAAGUUCGCGGAGCUGGUGCUGCGACGCACGCUGGAUCGGGAGAGCGAGCCGAGUCUGCGUCUGGUGCUGACUGCUGUGGACGGCGGAGACCCGCCCCGGACCGGCACCGCCCAGCUCUGGAUCAACGUCACCGACGCCAAUGACAACCCACCCGUGUUCGCGCAGGAGCGGUACCGCGUCACCCUGCGGGAGGACACGCCUCCGGGAUCGACGGUGCUGAACGUGUCUGCCUCCGAUGCUGACGAGGGCACCAACGCCCACAUCACCUACGGCUUCGGGAAAAUGGCGGCCAAGGUGCUUCAGAAGUUCACGGUGGAUGCAGAGAACGGGACGAUCGGUCUUCAGGAAGAGCUGGAUUUUGAGGACGCGCGAGGCUACGUAUUGCUGGUGGAAGCGAGGGACGGUGGCGGUUUGGUGGCGCACUGCAAGGUGGUGGUGGAAGUGCUGGACGUCAAUGACAACGCGCCCGAGAUCACGAUUCUCUCCCUGUCGAGCCCGGUGUCCGAGGAUUCGCCGGUCGGCACCGUGGUGGCUUUGCUGAACGUGAAGGAUCCGGACUCUGGGGAGAACGGUCAGGUGUGGUGCGAGCUGUCGGGCGAGGCGCCGCUGUCGAUCGUGGCGUCGGCGGGCGGCUCGUACAAGGUGGUGACGGCGAGCGCGCUGGACCGCGAGCAGGCGUCCGAGCACCGCGUGACGGUGGUGGCCCGCGACCGGGGCAGGCCGGCGCUGCGGAGCAGCAGGGAGCUGGCGCUGGAGGUGUCGGACGUGAACGACAACGCGCCGGUGUUCGAGGAGGCGGCGUACAGCGCGUACGUGGCGGAGAACAACGCGGCGGGCGCGCUGGUGCUGCGCGUGCAGGCGCGGGACGCGGACGCGGGCGCCAACGGGCGCGUGAGCUACUGGCUGGCGGGCGGCAGCGCGGGCGCGGCGGGCGCGGCGCCGCUCGUGUCGGUGGAGGCGCGGAGCGGCGCGCUGUACGCGCAGCGCUCCUUGGACUACGAGCAGUGCCGCGAGUUCGCGGUGGCGGUGCGGGCGCAGGACGGCGGCGCGCCGGCGCGCAGCUCCACGGCCACGGUGCGCGUGUUCGUGCUGGACCGCAACGACAACGCGCCGCGGGUGCUGUGGCCGGCGGCGACAGCGGGAGGGGCCGCGGCGGCCGCCCCGACGGCGUUCGAGGUGGUGCCGCGCUCGGCCGAGGCCGGCUACCUGGUGGCCAAGGUGGUGGCGGUGGACGCGGACGCGGGGCGCAACGCGUGGCUGUCGUACGAGCUGGUGCAGGCGUCGGAGCCGGCGCUGUUCCGCGUGGGGCCGCACAGCGGCGAGGUGCGCACGGCGCGGGCCGUGUCCGAGCGGGACGCGGCCAAGCAGCGUGUGGUGGCCGUGGUGAAGGACCACGGGCGGCCGCCGCUGUCGGCCACGGCCACGCUGCACGUGGUGCUGGCCGAGAGCUUGCAGGAGGCGCUGCCGGAGCUGAGCGAGCGGCCCGCGGGCGCCGAGCUGACGUCUGAUCUGAACCUCAUUCUUGUUGUGUCGCUCUCUAUCGUGUCCUUAUUAUUCGUUUCCACGGUCGUUUUUGUUUUUUUCUCUAAAUGUCGACAGUCGAGGAGCCCUCCCAUUUUUAUAACUUCUGAUAAGGAACUAUAUUCCACCUUGGGCUCAAAAGCACCGCACAACUAUUGCAGCAGCACUCUACCCUUGCCCUAUUCCUACGAGGUGUGUUUAGCCUCUGAGUCGGGGCAGAAGGACUUCAGCUUCCUGAGACCAGCGGCGGCAGCCUUGCCUGCCCGUCUGCCGUCUGCUGAUCCCUGCUCAGGUGCUCAUUCUGGGAAGGACCCGCCUAUCCCCGGGACCUCGGCACAGGAACCGUCAGAUCUGAACGUGCCGGCGCACUACUCAAUAGCUCAGGGGCGUGAUGAUGUGAAUGAUUGA